AUCUGUCGUUCUAUACUUCGAUUUGGCUUCCUUUAAACUCUUUCUAUCUCUGUCUCUCUCCUCCCACCUCUCUCUUUCUUCUUCGGAGAUCUUGUUAAUUCUGAGUGUUUUGGUUAUAAUGGCAACAUCAGCUCAUAGAGCAUACGCUUUUGGUAGAGCCGACGAGGCUACACACCCUGACUCUAUUAGAGCCACGUUAGCUGAGUUCCUCUCCACUUUUGUCUUCGUCUUUGCAGCUGAAGGCUCUAUCCUCUCUCUCGAUAAGCUGUAUUGGAGCCAUGCAGCUCAUGCCGGGACAAACACACCCGGAGGACUGGUGUUAGUAGCGUUAGCUCAUGCUUUUGCUCUGUUCGCUGCUGUUUCUGCAGCCAUCAAUGUCUCUGGUGGACACGUUAACCCGGCCGUCACGUUUGGUGCUCUUAUUGGUGGCAGACUUUCUGCAAUCCGUGCCAUCUAUUACUGGAUAGCUCAGCUUCUUGGAGCCAUCCUCGCUUGUCUAUUGCUAAGGCUUUCCACAAACGGCAUGAGACCAGUUGGUUUCCAUGUAGCAUCAGGUGUUGGUGCAGUUAAUGGACUCAUUUUAGAGAUCAUCUUAACAUUUGGCUUAGUCUACGUUGUUUACUCGACUUUGAUUGAUCCAAAACGUGGAAGCCUUGGGGUUAUAGGACCACUUGCGGUGGGACUCAUAGUUGGGGCAAACAUCUUGGUGGGUGGACCGUUCUCUGGUGCGUCAAUGAAUCCAGCUAGAGCCUUUGGUCCAGCAUUGGUUGGAUGGAGAUGGGAUGACCAUUGGAUCUAUUGGGUCGGACCAUUCAUCGGUGGUGCUUUGGCCGCUCUUAUAUAUGAGUACAUGGUCAUACCUACCGAGCCACCUACUACGCACCCCACCCACCAGCCUUUAGCUCCUGAAGAUUACUAGAUGAGAGUUUCCUUUUAGUUUGGAUGCUUCUUUGUCCCAAACUUUCUUUGUAUGUGUGAAAUCACUUUGCAUAGAAUCUUUGUUUUGAUGCUACUCUUUGUUUGUUGUAAUAAUAAGAAUAAAGAAAGAUUUGACAAUGA